AUGAGCACGGCGAAUAUCUCUACCCGGGUGUCGCUGAGAUGGCCACCAGAGCCUGCGUACGAGACCACGGACACGGUUUCGCUUUCGGUGGGCGGAUGGUAUGUCGACCUGCGGAUUCAUCGUGAGUCCGGCAAGGUUGAGUGGGCGAUGGCAGGCCAGAGAGUCGUUGAGAGCGCGUCUCCUUCUAUCGUCGUCUUCACCCACGCCAUUGACUCGCUCCAGCUCUUCGAUACCGCGGAUAUAGGCACCUUCAAGAAGCUCUCCAAUGAAGACGACCUCGAAACCGGCAAGAUGAUCCGUCACGACCUACCGGGAGCCCCGGUCUGUGAAUAUGAGGAGCUCUGGAGGAGUCUUGAUAUCCCUAAGACCGUGCCAAAGGAACAUGGCUAUGCGUGGGUCCUCGAGUCAGAAGAAAUGCUCCCUAACAUCUCAAUGCUCAAGCAGGAGUACGAGAGCGUCAAGGUGGUGAAGACAUUUUUGGGCCGUGUGCCUGGCCAUUACAUUGCUCUGAGACAGACACAGUGGUACCAGGAGAAGCAGGUUGAUGGGAAGACAGUCCUGACGAAAGCCGGAGGAGAGGUUUCUGGACGACGAGAGAUGUGGAAUGCCACCACAGGACAAAACGCUGCUGUCAAGUAUGCGGUUGGAGCAGAGUGUGACAGUCUCCCAUCUCUGGUGGCUGCCGGCGAGACCCUGCAGCUCAACGGCGAGGGUGAAGGGCCCUGGCGUUCACCUGGGCGGGUGGUUAUCGUUGACGGCACGAGGUUCCUCGUCCGGGCUUUUGAAGAACUACCCAUAACAAUCAACGGGGAAUAG